AUGAAGAGAAUUUUAAGUCAUGGAACCAAACCUACACGGAAUGAGUGGCUAGCAAGGUUCCAGACCAAAGAUAGAGGACAACAGCUGAGUGAGCAAGUUGUGAUAGACUGCAGCAUUUGUCAAGGAUCGGCGGGUUGUUCCUAUGUAGAGAACUGUAAUAGCGAUUCAGUGAAAGCAACUGCAAUUUGUGGCAAUGAGGACGACCUGCUACCACCCACACAAGGCACAGGAGAAACAUCCACGAUAACCAGCACUUCAAGAGCAAUUACUGCUGCACCUGCACCCAAAACUGGGAUCGGUGACGAUGCAAAGCAAGCCAUUGCUAUUACAGUAUCUCUCGUGGUUGUGGUGACGGUAUUGAUAAUUAUAGGAGUUGUCUGCAUCCGAAAACGAAGACAAAAGUCUGGUAAACCAGAUGAAGUCCCCGGGGAGAAGUUAGAAAAGAACAUUGCAAUCGGCAGUGAACGGGACAAAGUGCAUGUAUCAGUCGAACUGUACAAGAAAGAAAGCAUAAAGAGUAAAACAAGUGUCCCCGAAUCUCCAACUCCUAUAUCGACACAGAAAGGUACACCUAGUGAAAACCCACGUGUGUCGACACAGAAAGACACACAAAGAGAAAAUCCACCUGUAUCGAAACAGAGAGACACAGGAAACGAAACAAGCAAAUGGAAAGACAAGAAGCAGUUGAAGGAAUCAGAAGUAGUGGCUGGAACUUCCUCCAUUGGUAAUACAGACGAAGCAGAACCAGGACAGACCGAUGGUCUCCUCCAAAAGCCUACCACUGAGAUAGAUAAAGAAAAGAAACUGUACGAUAAUUACAUGCGAAUAAAUACAGAAAAUAAAGUAGACAAUAAUCCAAACAAUAAAGAAAGUCCAGAAGACAAGAGUAAAAUUAUGAAAGUGGAAAAUGUACCUUAUUAUACAGAUAUCGUACCAGAAAAUAAGACCAAAGAUCCUGAGGAGAUUCCAACAACAGAUAUCAAGUCGACCGAAACUAAAGAAGCAUCAAAAACAGCACCUGAAAGUACAAAAGAAAUGGAAAUAAAUGUGCCACAUGUUGAUAAGUCAAAGACAAGCCAAUCAAAAGAUGGUGAGGUCAAAUUGCCGGUUGCUAACGCAACGACAAACAGCAUAGCAGUGCCAACUACAAUCAGUGGGAAUUCAGUGAACAAGAAAAAUGUCUCCAUUAUUCAAGUUUCCAAAUUUUGAAAGAUUUAUUUCGUGUAAAAGAGAAAAAUACAGAACUUUAUACAAGUUCAAGUACUUUAUAUAAAGAGUUGAUGGCUUAAACAUUUAAACCCUUCAAUUAUAUAUUAAGGAGGAAAUAUCUGUGUGCAAUCUGCAAAUAUGAGUUUAACCCAGAAUUGUGCUUGCGUGUGUAUGGUAUUUUAAAAAGUGAUAUUUGUCAAAUUGUCAAAUAUCCAUUAACAUUACCCAUUUUUAGAAAUAUGGCAAUAACCAUUUUUCCAGUCAUCAUUCUCUGUAUUUAUCAACCAAAAAGGCAAAUUCUACAUUUAAUACCAGGAUAUAUGAAACGUUACCUAGAUUUAUAAUAUAAAAAUUAAGAUCCAAGAAGCUUAAAUUGCCCUUUGGGUGAUCAAGAGGAGAUAUAAAAGGUGGGGGUUAAUAUUAAUAAAAAACAACAAUGAACCAGA